UUGCAGUGAAGAUGGCGAAAGUUGGGGUGACCAUGUCCAUCCGCUUCCGCGGGGAGGAAGUACAUGCAUUCUCCGUGCACCCCGAUGUUCCGGAGGACAUGUACAGCACGAAUGAGAGCGAAACGAUCCCGCAUGCGUACGGCGGAAAGGAAGAUGGCGGGCCUCUGCCUGCACCGAAACAGACUGGACCUCAUGCGUUAUUGGCCACAGCAAUCAAGAACGCCAAGUCGAAAAGCGAAGCAUUCUUAGCUGACAAGUGCGAAGGUCCUGUAAAACUUGACGACGUGUAAUACUAUGAUCAUUCAUUCAGGCUAUGCCAUGUCUACUCUGUCGGGUGAGGCGGACAGCAUGUUGGUGGUCUCUCCUGUCGCCAGCACGACGCGUUUGGGUCGACCGACCUUGCGCUUGUGCCAACGCUUCGUC